ACGGCCAGCCCCGCCGUGGGAGUACAGCAGUUGUCCGCUCGCUGUCGCUCGAACACCAACUGCCCCCGAAGAUGGCACGACGGGCGUGAUUUCCACGAGUUUGUUUUCGUUUUGUUGGAAGUGAAGCAUGGGGCUGUCCUCCACGUUCCUCGUCGCCAAGGCCCUGGCCCUGUCGCUCAUGAACCUGUCCGCCAGGAUGUCGUCGGGGCCGCGCGCCUCCUCCAUGGCCUCCAGCGACUGGAACGCCGUCCUCGACUCCUCCAUCGAGCUCUACAAGAACCUGAGCAGCUCGGGGCCCGACGGCGCCUCGCAGGCCUACCACGUCAUCUUCCCCGGCACGCUGUGGUGCGGGCAGGGCUCCAAGGCCACGACCUUCGACGACCUGGGCGUGUUCGCGGGCCCGGACCGCUGCUGCCGCGACCACGACCACUGCCCGGACUCCAUCUCGACCCACCAGACCAAGCACGGCCUGUACAACGACCACCAGUUCGCGUCCGCGCUCUGCGCCUGCGACCACAAGUUCCUGCAGUGUCUCCGCGCCGACGGGUCCGUGAUCGCGCGCGAGGUCGGCCGCCUGUACUUCGACUUCCUGGACCCCGUGUGCUUCACGUACGACUACCCCGUGGCGGGCUGCAGGCGCACCGACAAGCCCGGUGGCGCCGGCCGCUGCGUGGAGUACGCCUACGACACGAGCCGCCCACCCGCGUGGCACUUCGAGGACUUCCCGUUCCACUACGGCAGCCACCGCGUCGCCUCCGAGGUGGACAUCGCGUCCGAGGCCGCGGCCGCGCUGGCGGGCCAGGAGCGCCCGGACGCCGCGGCCAACGGCGAGGACGCCGAGCUGUGGCACGCGCUGCUCAUGAACCGCCACGUCCGCUUCGGCUCCAAGUUCGGCAAGGCGCAGGACGACGGCCUGCCGCUCGACAAGCAGGCCGCCUCCAACUGGGGGGUUGUCAUCGGCGAGCAGGUGUUCCCCGGGGCCGACUAGAGCUGAUGAUGAUCCAUUUUUUACGAAAAUAUAUUUCUAGUUUCUUAAAAAGUUA